GUCCCACAUGGCACUAUUUAAACACUCAAAUCACAACAUGCUUCUUCACUCUUCACCUUUCUUCCCUCUCUUCUUCUUCUUCUUCUUCUUUCCCUCUUCAACAACAACAACAACACACCUUAAGAUUCAAUUUUCAUCCAUCAAUGGCACCAGCAGCAGCAGCAUCAGACUCUAUACAGCCUAGAGAUGUUUGCAUUGUGGGUGUUGCACGUACACCAAUGGGUGGGUUUCUUGGUACUCUAUCAUCUGUACCUGCCACCAAGCUAGGUUCUAUAGCUAUUGAAGCUGCUCUUAAAAGGGCCAAUGUUGAUCCAUCACUUGUUGAGGAAGUAUACUUUGGGAAUGUCCUUAGUGCUAAUUUGGGGCAAGCACCCGCUAGACAAGCUGCUCUUGGAGCAGGACUAUCCAAAUCAGUAGCUUGCACUACUAUUAACAAAGUUUGUGCAUCAGGAAUGAAAGCUACAAUGCUUGCUGCACAGAGUAUUCAAUUAGGCAUCAAUGAUGUUGUUGUGGCUGGCGGUAUGGAAAACAUGUCUAGUGUACCUAAAUACCUGGCAGAAGCAAGGAAAGGAUCCCGCCUUGGACACGAUUCACUAGUUGAUGGGAUGUUGAAAGAUGGUUUGUGGGAUGUUUAUAAGGAUGUUGGUAUGGGAGUGUGCGCUGAACUGUGUGCAGAUAACCACUCAAUAACAAGAGAAGAUCAGGAUAACUAUGCAGUCCAGAGUUUUGAACGUGGAAUUUCUGCCCAAGAAAGUGGCUCCUUUGCAUGGGAAAUUACUCCGGUUGAAGUGUCUGGUGGAAGGGGAAGACCAUCAACUAUUGUUGAUAAGGAUGAAGGCCUAGGAAAGUUUGAUGCUGCCAAAUUAAGGAAACUCCGACCAAGCUUCAAGGAGAGUGGAGGUUCUGUCACUGCUGGCAAUGCUUCAAGCAUAAGUGAUGGUGCUGCUGCAUUAGUUUUGGUGAGUGGAGAGAAAGCAUUGAAGCUUGGGCUUCAGGUCAUUGCAAAAAUCACUGGAUAUGCGGAUGCUGCUCAGGAACCUGAGUUAUUUACAACAGCUCCUGCCAUUGCCAUUCCCAAAGCUAUCGCCAAUGCAGGGUUGGAGAGUUCAAAAAUUGAUUUUUAUGAAAUCAAUGAAGCCUUCGCGGUGGUGGCUCUUGCAAAUCAGAAACUUCUUGGACUAAAUCCGGAAAAAGUAAAUGUACAUGGUGGAGCUGUUUCAUUGGGUCAUCCUCUUGGUUGCAGUGGUGCUCGUAUCCUCGUGACACUUUUGGGGGUACUGAGGCAGAAAAAUGGUAAAUACGGUGUCGGUGGCGUAUGCAAUGGAGGAGGUGGUGCAUCUGCCCUUGUUGUGGAGCUCGUAUAAUUGCAAAUGCAAGUUUCAAACCUUAUUACACAGGCAAAAGAGUAGACAGCAAUUUGGCUAUAUGAUUAGUAGAUUUUAAGUCUUAGUUCUUGCUGAAGUGGAAAUUUCUUAGGAUCAGAGUACCCAUUAUUUAGAUUUUCGUUUUCUCUGUAAUAAGUUGCUGAUGUAACUUGAUUCGGGAUGAUUUGUUCUUCAAACUUCUUAUUCUGAACACAAGAUUACAUAGAUUCGUGUGUUUUGCAAGAAUAUGUUUAAAACUGAAUUGACACAAAAAGAUGGAAUAAGCAAGCUGUGGUUGGUCUUAUGAGCUCAA